CUAAAUUUUAAAUAUUUGAAAAGUAAAGGGAAUAGUAGCAAAAUUAGACUUCUAAUCUUUUGACCCCUACUGGUAAACAAAAUUUGAUUUUUCUGGGGAAGAAAAUGGUGACUAAAAAAAGAAUGGACAAAUCAUUGAAAAAGGAAAAAAGUAAAGCCAAAAGCCAAAUCUGGGUUUUUAAUUAAAUCCAAAACCAAAACAAAACUACAACCGUUAAAUUCUUCAAAUAAUCGAAAACAAAAUGGAAAUGAACAAGAAAAUAAAUAUAAAAAAAACACCCCAAAAACAAACAAACACUUCCCUUCUUUUUCUUCUUCUUCUUCUUCUUCUUCUUCUUCUUCUUCGUUCUUUUCAUUUUUCCAAUCAGAAUCUUUCUAUUCACCUCUCUCUUUCCAUCUCUUGAAAUGAUGUUUAAAACUAAGAUAGAAUUGCAAAAUUGAAAACCCAGAUUUUGAAUUCGCUGAAAUGGUGGUUACCUUUUUGAAAUCGAAUCAAAGGACCAAAUAUUGAAGGAAAAACAAAAAACAAAGGGGUACCCAGAAAAAAAAUAGGGGAAAAAUUCAGAACCCAUGGAAGGUGAAGUGCAGACCGAAGAGAAUAAAGUUUCUCUAGAUGUGAAUAAGAAACGAACCGUAAAGACACCGGCUCAGGUUAUGGCUCUGGAGAAAUUCUACAAAGAGCUUCGGUUUCCUUCUGAUGAAAUGAAAGCACAAAUCGCACUUCAAGUAGGGUUGACUGAAAAGCAAAUAUCUAGUUGGUUUUGUCACAGAAGGUUAAAAGACAAAAAGAGAGAUGAAUAUGUUGGGCGAUUGGAUCAUUCUAGUGGCAUUAUUCAGGAUCGUGGUAGUGGACUCUGGCAAGAUUCUUCUGGUAGUAUCAAGGAACGGGAUUAUAGGAAUAUCGAUCUGAGGGAGGUUGAAAGUGGAGGGAUUUCUAGCCAAGAGUUUCUAGCUACUGAUCACGUAUAUGACCGUAGGAAUCAUCAAAAUCCAUACGAUGCUUGUAUGGAAGAUACAUCUUCUGAAAGUAGUUCGUCUUUACAAGAUAUGCGUUUUUCCGAAAAUCGGGGUCCUUAUGAAACUAAACUUGGACAAAACGGAACCAUUACACAGAUAAACCCAAGGACGACUAAAAACACGGUUUUUAAGCCAUCGGGAUAUUUGAAGCUUAAGGGUGAGAGUGAAAAUCCUGCUAUUCUUGCUGUCAAGAGGCAGCUCGGGAGGUAUUAUAUAGAAGAUGGUCCGUUACUUGCUACUGAUUUCGAUUCACUUCCUAAUGCUGCAUUUGAAUUCCCAAGUAGCAAGGUGGUCAGUGAGCCAGUAGAUGUUGGAGAUCAUCCCCAACAGCCCCGUUCUCCUCGUAUCUCUGGAGCUAUGAAGCAGCCAAAUCCUAAUGUUGUAAAUGAAGUACAUAAUUCAAAGACAAGUUCUCAGGAUCCUUAUAUGGAGAAUGCAACCUUCAAAACCGUGUACGGGCUCGAAAGACAGAACAAGAAAUCUCGUCAUCAAUUAUACAAGUCCCAUUAUAACUCAUUCCCGGGCCAGAACUCUUCAUCGGAUAUCCACAGAAGUUUGGCCGAAAAUGCCGGUACCAUUGAUUGCAAACGAAGUAAGGUGAGCUCUAAGCUUGCUGUUGAAAGGAUGAGACCAGAUUCUUUCACUAACCAUCCUGGCCCCAAUGUUGGGAAACUUGUUAAUGAACAAGAAAAGACUUGUUUGCAUGACGACGAUAAUCGUACGUAUAAGGCCCCGAAGAACAAAAUCCCAUCUAAAACUUCAAAUUCUAAACGUGGGUGCAUUGAGUCCCCGGGUGCAAGGAUGGCAAAGGUGGAGAAACUUGGUGGACAACGGAAGCCAAAAAAGGAGCAUCCUGUAGGAGUAAAAACCGAUCCAACAAACGAAUCGAGAGUUGCCAAGCAAGUCAAUGUUGAUUUCCCGCGACCGAGAUCGCCUCUGUCAAUGAAUCCGACUAAAAGCUAUAGACCUUCCAUGGAUGUACCAUCAAGCUUCAGUGAAGACGAAACCGCAGACACUAGUUCAUCCUCGGGUUGACACAACGUGUAUGGCCGACUGGUUCAUAGAGAAAAGGGUAGGGAUUAUAUCGACCCCUUGGAGGCCUGUAAAAAUCGCCAUAUGGAGUUUUUGUACAUUAGGCUGAGAGAGCAAUUUUGUUGGUUGUAUUUUGUAUAUUUGCUCGGCUGUUAAUAUAUGUACAAAUCCCCAUCUUCACAUUGCAAGAUAUGAGAUUUUUAAUAUUUUCAAUUUAUUUUAUUUUUUUAA